ACAAAAACCAAUCUUGCCCUGAAAGCUACUAUGUGUCCCAGUGUGCACCCUGUUGCCCAGACAGCUUUACCUGCAAAUGUUGGUUGCAGUGAGUCAUGGGUCUGGUUCAAGACCUGUGGCUUCUACAUCAAUACUGGAGCCUCACUGGGUGCUCCUAACUGCUCAGCCAUCUCUCCACACUUUUAAACGUGCCUUUAAAAAGUGUUAGCAGGCCGGUGGCGGACCGGUGGUUUAUCCCAUGCGGGGCAAAAUGGAGCUCGAGGCCAUGAGUAGGUAUACCAGCCCGGUGAACCCAGCUGUCUUCCCACACCUGACGGUGGUACUUCUGGCCAUCGGCAUGUUCUUUGCCGCCUGCUUCUUCGUUUAUGAGGUCACCUCCACCAAGCACACACGAGACAUUUACAAAGAGCUCCUCAUCUCCUUGGUAGCCUCACUCUUCAUGGUCUUUGGAGUCCUCUUCCUACUGCUCUGGGUUGGCAUAUAUGUAUAAGUCUCCAAGGGUACCCACCAGGCAACCCAGCAAG